CUAAGAUUCCGGUCGUAAACAAGUCAUGCCUUUUAAACACAUCAACAAAAAAAAACUCGUCGUCGUCGGUGAUGGAGAAGUGGGAAAGACAUGUCUUCUCGUGGUUUUUAGUCGCGAAAAAUUUCCAGACGCCUACAUCCCUACUGUGUUUGAAGCCUCGUUAGAGCUGGAGCUAUGGGACACCGCCGGUCAGGAGGACUUUGACCGACUCAGACCCCUGUCCUAUCCGGACACCGACGUCCUGCUACUAUGUUUCAGUAUCGUAUCGCCCGACUCCCUGUCCAACGUGUUUGACAGGUGGGUGCCCGAGGUGAAAAAGUUUUGCCAGGACGUGCCCAUCAUACUGGUGGGCACUAAACGCGAUUUGCGUACCGAUGCCCAAGUGGUGGACAGUUUGCGGCGAAUGCAACAAAAACCGAUAAGUUUUACCGAUGGGUGCAACGCGGCCGAGGAUAUGGGCGCCUAUGGGUACUGCGAGUGCUCCUCCAGACAUAAUGAGGGCAUAGUCCAGGUGUUUGAUAUGGCCAUCGAGGCGGCCCUCAAGUCCAAGAAAGUCCAGAAAANAAAUAUAUAA